AUGAUCAUCAUAUUCGCUUUGAUGAUGACCCUUUGCAGUCCGAGCCUUCCGUUGUUCACAGUGGUGCGGCGUGCAAGUCUGACACCUAGCCAAGAGGCCCGAAACAUGGUUGACCCGACUGCGACAACAGAAACCAUCCUUAACGUCACCGACUACAUCGCAGAAGCUCGUGCUCGUGAGGAACGAGUGCUGGCACAAAUUCGUGAGGAACGAGCGCUGGCACAAAUUCGUGAGGAACGAGCGCUGGCACAAGCUCGCGAACUGAGCUUAAACUGCACUGCAUUGGAAAGGCAAAACUUUCUCUUGCAGCGUGAGCUGUUACCUGCCAAGACGAGCACAGCUGCAGUGCUGUGCAACCGCUUCUUGGUCGAGAGCGGCCUCCUCGACAGAGAUCCAACCCUUAUUCUGUCGGCCGCGUACGACAAGUUCAAGACAAAGCUCGUGACACCUUCUGGCAAGGGGCUGACAAAAGCAGGACGUUCUUUGCUCAGCGAUAUUUCCUGGAAGUCGGGGAUGAGCGCCAGGCACAGGGACGUGGCCAAUGGUCUCCAGAUGCUCAUUCAUCAGUUAUCGUCGGUCAUCCACUACCCAAAACUUGUCCGCCGCGGCUUCGUAUGCGGUGGACACCCACCGCUGGGCAUCGCUGUUGCGAUGGCAGUGUUGACCUUGCAGGCAGAGGGACAUAUUGGCCACGAUGUAGUUGUCAUAGACGGUGACUACAACCCAGUUGCGGAGAUGAAAGGAGGGGUCAUUUCUUCAUGGCCGGCGACGCACGCACGCUGA